AUGGCUCACAACCACAGUCAACUGAGAUCAAAACUGGGCACCGUGGGUGGAUCCACCUACGAUGCCUCUGGUUCUUCAUCUCUUGUGGGAGACCCGGUCCGAUCUGCUCCGCACCCACUGGCCGAUCUGUCUGCAGUGGGGGCAGUGCCUUUCUCCGCCCUGAUUUUGGAUGGUGCUCCUGAGUCCAAAGGGGAAAGCUUCUCUGGAGAGCCGGCCUUUUCGUCGGUCUUCACUGUCAUGGCGGAAACCGUAAGACGUCCAGUCGCACAAAGCCGAACCUCUCCCACCAUCACCAGAGAUGAGGACCGUACCAUUCAAUUGCCUUCAUCCACCUUCUCCUCUCCAUCUUCAGCGUCGAGAGUCGUCCCCAGAACUCUUCCCAAGUACGCUACUACAGUCUUUGUCUCACCUUUUACUACGACCACCGAAUCCACGCCUCAACAGUGCAACGUGACAGAGAGAAUGUGGGUGAAGACAGUGGUGUCCAUCUAUGUGAGGAGGAACAGACUGGACAGCAUACAGAGACAGAACCUGCGCAGGGGACUGAGUCAAGGCCUUAGGAAAGCGCUCAAUGACAGCUCGGCUCAGGCACAGGUAGAAACUGUGUUUGGUUCCCCCAACAUGACGGUGGCAUAUCACGUGACUGGCACAGACAUAGUUUACCCUCCCUCUGUGGUGCUGGAUGCAUUGAGCACAUACGGCCGCGAUAAGCUGAUUGCAGAUCUGCGCCAGUACCUCCCCAUGGUGACUGCCCUGCCUCUGCCAGUGGCUUUAUGGAGGAGCAGCCUGGCCCCCAGUUUACAGCUCAAAACAGUGCUGCAGUUUGUGGGAGUAGCUGAUGAUCCACGCUCCUGUCGCUUUUCUCAGACAAUGGAACUGCGACUGGAGAAAGUGUUCAACGAAGCUCAGGCCAAAGUUUUCAGCACCCACAACAGACUCUCUGUUCAGAUGCUGAGUGUGUCCCAGGCUGCCGACUCGCCAGCUGUGUCCCUGGUCUACACUGUGAGGAACGCCACUGUCUUCCUUAAUGGCACCGCGGCCUCAGACCUCCUCGGUCAGCUGUCAGCUGAGUUAGUGGGAUACUUCCUCUUCUAUCCACCGCUUAUCAUUGCAGAGCCACUGGAGUAUCACAAUCUGAACACCUCUGCUCCCACCAGAGUCUACUGGGUUAUCACAGUGAUCCAGGAUGUGGACAACAGCAGCCUGCAGGGACAGUACCAGAGCUUUGCCAGUCUGAUGGAGCAGCGCUUGGCCGAGCUGUUUGUGUUGGCAGAGCAGCAGGGCACACGCUUCAAGAGAGCCACGACAGUGGGCUUCUUCACUGUUCAGAUGGUGGGCAUUCGUAGAGUCACAGGCCAAAAAAAUCCUGCAGAAUUGACUUAUUACGUUCAGCACAGUGGGACUCCGCUGUCGGGAACGUCUGCAGCCAAAGUCCUGAACACGGUGGACUCUCAGACCAUGGCCCUCAGGCUGGGCUACUUUGUGCAGCUGCAAGCAGAAGCUGUGGUCAAGAAUCCGUCCAGUAAUCUGUGGAUCAUUGCGGCGGUGCUGGGCCCGAUCGCUGCCGUCACCAUUAUAAUCAUCAUCGUCACCACAGUGCUCUGCAGGAGGAAGAAGAACGACUUUAAAACGGACGCCAUUGGAAACAUAAACCCACGAGCAAAGACGUCUUAUCGCAGAGAUCCGGGAUUCUACCACCAGCCGGUCCAGGGUUUUGACUAUGCCAAGCAGCACCUCGGCCAGCUGGGAGGUGAGGAGGAGGCUCUGCCCGUCAGUCAGGAUACUUUAGUCAUGUCACUACAAAUUAAGGACACAGCCCUGUCACUGGAAAAGACUCUACAGCACGACGGCAGCGUGAGCAAGAAGAACCUCUCCUCCGACAAACACAAAAGCCGGUUGCCGAGCGAGGAUGGUUCCGUCAUCAGCAGCGAAUCAGAGAUGCUGAAAUCCGGCAGGGGCCUGAAAGUCACAGCGCAGCAGAAACCGACAAAAGAGCAGUCCCACAACAGAGACGAUCCGUACGACUCCUCCUCCGGCUCUCUGCAUCUCAUCUCCAUAAAGCCCAUGAUCACACAGACUCACUACUCUCACCCAGCUCUGUGUGACCGCAGCGCUAUGAUCAAUGGAGAGAUCAACAUGGCGCUUAAACAAAGAUCGGAUAUUGAAAACUACAAAAACAAGCUGAGGGUCAAAGCUAAGAAGAAAUCAUACUACGACUUCCCGUCUAUGGAGGACAGUCUGAAUGACGGCCCAGUGUCACUCACCCAGCAGCUCAGUCAGGACCGGGUAAGGACUGAUCGCGGCAGGCUGCACGAGGCCACAGACGAGCACGGGUCGACCUAUGUCAAGUCCAAUAAAAGGCAUUCUCAGGUGGGGCAGCCCGCCUAUCGCAGCAGACAGAGCCUCAGCAGCCCCAGCCCUGGAGGAACAGAGAUGGACCUUCUUGUGAUGAGAGAGAGACCGAGGAGAGGAAUUCGAAACAGUGGCUAUGAUUGGCCUGGAAUUUUUCAGACGGAGCCGGAGUUGAUAGAGGAGACCAACGUGGACCGCCUGAUGGGUCAAAGAUCGUACAUGUGCGGGCGAGGUUUGAAAGGCCACUCUGAGACGUCCACGCUCAGCUCACAGCCGUCUAUCGAUGAAGUGCGACAGCAAAUGCACCUGCUGCUGGAGGAGGCCUUCACGCUGGCUUCAGGAGGACAGUCCACAUCCGGGCGCCGCUCACACCCCCAGCAGGCCCCUCCCAGCCUCUACAGCCCAGUUACACCUCUGCCAUACACAGAAGUGGUGACCAGCGCUCCUGGGACCAUGAACUGUGGGCGGAGCGGCCUGCAGUGGGUGCCUUCCUAUGGGACAGAUGUGUAUCCGUGCAGCCCGCCCAAACCAGCAUUUCGCUUCACACAACUUCCUGAAAUGGCCUCGGGCUCUCCACCUCCACUACCCCCUCGGACUGGACCUCCUCCUGGGAACCCUUUAAAACGUUCCACGUCAGACUUGGGCCCUAAGUCAAGGAGUUCAGAGAAAAUCCUCAACGAUAUAAAGAGUCCUUGUGAAAACAACCCAUACGGCAUUAGCCAGAAAGCACUUCCACCGAUCACUGCAGAGGAGCCUGUGUCCAACCACUCAGGAAACCCAAUAACCGCAGUCUACGCCCUCCCAGCCAGCAGACCCGAAUACUCUGAGUACUUUGUGUCCUCGCCGCCCACCUCGUACCACAGUCCGUCCUGGAUGUCCUACCCCCCAGAGCCUGAGGAUGUGCUGCCACAGUGGUCAGACUCGGUGCCUCUGCCCGGGUACGUGGAUGCCUUCCCUCGCCCUCGUUACCCUCAGACCAGCCCCAUGAGGCUCCCGCUGCAGUACCACCAGGCCCUGGAGCCCCUCUCCUCAGUCCCCAGCACAGUGUCCCAGCAAAGCCUGCCCCCGCUGGUGAAGGACAUGGACGGCUUGCAUCUUAGCAGUCUCUCCACCACCGCUCUUGUCCGGGCUAUUCGACAGGAGGUUGCCAAGUUGGCCAAAAAGAAUGAUUUUUUUGAUUAUUAA